AUGGAGGCGCCAAACCAAGCGAAUGAUCCUGCCGCGCCGUCGGUAUCCGAGUCCGUGCCUGUACCUGUGCCUGUGCCACCUGCAACAGAUGCGCCAGCUGCUGCUGUCGAUGCUGUCGAUGCUGCCGAUGCUGUCAAAGGAGAAGCUGCCAAGGCUGAACAAGUUCAAUCACAGCCUCAACAACAGCCUCAACCUUCUCAAGAUACCCAGCAGAAGGAUGCACAAGCUUCGCUGCCCACACAGCAACCACCGCCGGCCGCACCCAAACAACAGAACUCCGCGCGACCGUCAGUCAUGGCACGAGACAGAUUCAACCACCAGUCGUUAGGCGCGUCUCUAAACUCGUCUGUGAAACAGGCUCGAGUUUUGCUCGUCGGCGCUGGGGGCAUCGGGUGUGAGUUGCUCAAGAACCUCGUCCUCACUGGCUUCUCGGAAGUCCACAUCGUCGAUCUCGAUACCAUCGACCUCUCGAACCUCAACAGACAAUUCCUUUUCCGACAGGAACACAUCAAGAAACCGAAAGCCCUGGUUGCCAUGGCCGCGGCGCAAAAAUUCAAUCCAAAUGUCAAAAUCGUCGCCCAUCACGCCAAUAUUAAAGACCACGCGUAUUCGGUCCCGUGGUUCAGAGGUUUCAAGAUUGUAUUUAAUGCACUGGAUAACCUGGAGGCUCGACGGCACGUCAACAAGAUGUGUCUUGCUGCAGAUGUGCCUCUGAUUGAAAGUGGCACCACUGGCUUCAACGGCCAAGUUCAGGUCAUCAAAAAGGGUGUAACGGCAUGCUACGAUUGCACAGUAAAGGAAACACCUAAAACUUUCCCCAUUUGCACGAUUCGAAGUACACCAAGCCAGCCUAUUCAUUGCAUCGUCUGGGGCAAAAGCUAUUUACUGAACGAAAUAUUCGGCGUUAGCGAGGACCAAACUGCGUUUGAUCAUUCCGAGGAUGCUGAGAAUGCCCAUGAAAUUGAAGAGCUCAAGAAGGAGUCGGAAGCUCUGGAAAAGAUCCGUGAUGCGGUCGGCACCGACACCUUUCCUCAGAUGCUCUUCGACAAAGUCUUUAACAGUGACAUUGAGCGGUUGAGAUCAGUAGAAGACAUGUGGAAAUCGCGCAGAAAACCGGAACCUCUCAAAUAUGAGACGGUUUUUACGCAAGCCACUGAUGCCAUCGCCUCGAAAGACGAAAUUCUCAGCGACGACCAGCGGGUGUGGACCCUCGAAGAGAAUCUUGUUGUGUUCAGAGAUAGCCUAGAUCGGUUGAGCAAGCGAAUGCUAGAGCUCAAGAAAAACAGCAAGGGCCAAUCUGGACCCGAGCCGGUAAUCAGCUUCGACAAGGACGACAUUGAUACGUUGGAUUUUGUGGCAUCAAGCGCCAACAUCAGAUCGACUAUUUUUGGCAUUGAUCGCAAGUCACGGUUCAACAUCAAGGAAAUGGCUGGUAACAUUAUUCCUGCCAUUGCGACCACAAACGCAAUUGUGGCGGGUCUUUGCGUCUUGGAAGCAUUCAAGGUCCUCAAGGGGGAUUACACACAAGCGAAAGAGAUAUUUCUGCAACCGUUUGCACCAACCAGGCUCCUCGGCUCAGAUAUUUCGAGGCAGCCGAAUCCAGACUGCCCUGUUUGUGGCGUCUUUAAUGCCGGCGUUCAGGUGGACCCUCACAAGGCAACUCUAAGUGAUGUCGUCGAGGAUAUAGUCAAGGCUCAGCUUGGAUUUGCGGAGAAGGAAUUUGUUCUCAACAACGAGGUUGGCAUCCUGUACGAUGCAGAUGAGACAGAGAAUCUGCCGAAAAAGCUGUCGGAUCUUGGCAUCAAAUCAGGCAGCUUCCUUACCGUAAUUGAUGAAGAUGACGAGGAACCUUUGGUAAAUGUUGUGCUUUAUAUUGAGAACCACGACUUCAAAGAGGGAGAGAAGCCGAUCAAGAUGGAACUCAGUGAGCGACCCGAGAUUCCUCGGAAACCCAAGAAGGCAGCGACUGCAACCAAUGGUGCGGCCAACGGAAUCCAGCAAAAUGGCAACCUCACAGCUUCGGACGCUGAGAACAAGGGUCUCAAGCGAGCCCAUCAAGGCGAUGAUGGGCAACCAACCAAAAAGGCGAGGUUAUCUGGUGCCACGGACGACGAUGUCGUCCUUGUGCAAGAUGAUGACGGUACUAUUGUCAUUUCCGACGACUGA